AACCUACCUGAAACGUCAAAAAAAAAACUUGGAAACCCCGAGAGCCGUUUUAAACACGCGUGUGAUUUUCGUAAGGGAUUACUUUGAAAAAUGCCAAGGUGGUGCGCAGUACCGUAUUGUAGAACCGGCAGCAGAACGGAACAAAUAAAGCGGUCUUUAUUUGGCGUACCGAAAGACCCGGUUAUAUGGAAGAAAUGGGAAGAGGCUAUCCCAGGUAUAGUCAAGUUGCGCCAGACGGACGUUAUAUGUGACAAACAUUUUGAGGAAAAAGAUAUUUCCCGUGAGUGGAUUAAGCUUGACGCAAAUGAUCAAGUAAUUGCACGGGUCACAUACAAGCGUCCGCAACUUAAAAAGCAAGCCGUGCAAACAAAAUUCGGUGACGUUCCGACAGGAAAUUGUGAGCCGCUGCAUGAAUAUGCGAAGCGAAUAUGCAAUGUCUCUGUCGAAUCCUCUAAUAUGAUGAAACCAUCAAUUCAAAUAAUCAGUACCUUGGUCGAUACCGUACAUGUUCCUUUACCAGUUCCAGACAUUGGCACAGAUAUCAGCAUGUCGUUUUCGCCCAUGGAAAUAUCGAGUUGUGAACCUCCGGUAGCAGAUUUGUUGGUUCCUCAGGAGCCUUUCAAAAUGCCCUCAUCUAUUGAAAUCAGCGAACGUGAGUAACUAUAUGACUACAUUUAGGCUACGUUCGAAAACACC